AUGAACGCAUUUGACUCUCGACAGUCUCUGGCCUACAACGACGACUUCAGCACCAUUGUACAACGACCUGCUUCCUUUCUGUCAUCGAUCAACACCUUGUCAGCAUUUGCGCCCAUCGACUUGUAUCUCUCGAUAUACCCAUACUCAACAAGUUAUACUCCAAACACUCACCGCAAGACUCGAAUCGAUCCCUCCAACAGCGCAAUCAACUCAGCUUCCUUUCUCCCGAACAAGCCUUCGAUCAACAGCACCAUGCCGGGCAAGCACUACCCCGAUCCUUCAAAGCCGCAGAAGAAGCAGCCAAAGCGCGCACCUCCGACGCCUGCACCACCGACCAGGACAAAUGCUUCCGCCAUCGACGAUCAAAGCACGGAAGAGCCAUCGAGAGUCAUGCGGAACGAUACCACAGUCACUCGCCCGCAACACCUGACGCCGCGGCAAGAUGUUCGAGCACAGCAAGCGCAAGGCGCUGCGCAUGAGCGAGAAGAGGGCUCGCAGUUGAGACGUCGUUAUGCCGGAUGGCGCGCCGCGCAAGAGCAGGGAGAGAACGUGGUCGCUGCGGGAGCGAACGAGUUUGAGCAGUUGCUCAACGUUCAAGGCGCGCAAGACGAGGGAGAAGUGCAGGAGGCAGAGGAGAUGCAGGUCGAGCAAGAGCAGCGUGAACGUCCUCCGCGGCGCAAGAAUUCAGGCGCGCUGACGCGUCAGAGGAGAGAGAGGGCGAUUGCGAGGAGGGCUGAAGCCGCUCGCCAACAACAGGAAGAAGCAGAGCAAUGGACGGCACAACAGACCGCCAAUCUUCCGUUGACUGAGAGAGAUGUGCUGGGCCGUGAGGACGAUGAAGGUAGACCUCAGCGGUCUGGCCAGCGAAUUCGGACGAGGGCGGAGCGUAAAGAGCAACGCGAUCGGAAGACAGAGAAGCGCAGGUUGGAGAAGCUGAAGCGACGUGCGGAGGAACAGGUCCGUUUCGAAGCUCGCAUUGCUGCAGAAGGAGAGACGUUCCUCAUGGACGAAACGGCGGCAGUGGCUCGCCAGCAAGCUUUUGCAUCAACCCGGCAGCCGGCAACACCGCGAUACGCAGGCCAGCUUGGACGACAGCACGGCGAGAUGAAUUGGUCAACGUUUGGGCCCGGGAAUCAGAGACAGCCAUUCCGAGUCGACAACUUCGUGCGAGGCGGCAUUCCGCCCGCGUCGUCCGGAGGUCGACAGCUGCGGCGCGAUCAAGACUUCAACCGCCAAUAUGCUCCACCUCCUCCUCCUCCUCCUCGCGGCAACGGCCCAAGCCAGUACGGCGAGCAAGCGUUCGCGGCAUUGCGGGCUCAGCAUGCGGACCAAGCGAACAAUGCGGCUGCGGUUGCUUCAGGACGUCGUUCAGGCGGCGAGAGCUUGGAGCGUCGAGAUCAAGACAAGUAG